UCUCCGGGCGCAGCGCCCCAGCCCAUGUGCUCUCCCGGCGCUCCCCUCCGGCGCGCCUCGCCUCCAGCCCCGGCCAGCCGGCACGAUGUCCAGCGCGCCGCACGACCCCUUCUACUCCUCGCCCUUCGGCCCCUUCUACCGGCGCCACACGCCCUACAUGGUGCAGCCCGAGUACCGGAUCUACGAGAUGAACAAGCGGCUGCAGGCGCGCGCCGAGGACAGUGACAACCUGUGGUGGGAUGCCUUUGCUACGGAGUUUUUUGAAGAUGAUGCAACCUUAACACUUUCCUUUUGUUUGGAAGAUGGACCAAAGCGAUACGCCAUUGGAAGGACCCUCAUCCCUCGUUAUUUUAGCACUGUCUUUGAAGGAGGAGUGACAGACCUGUAUUACAUCCUCAAGCACUCAAAAGAGUCCUAUCAUAGCUCCUCCAUCACAGUGGAUUGUGAUCAAUGCACCAUGGUCAGCCAACAUGGAAAACCUAUGUUUACAAAGGUGUGCACAGAAGGACGUCUGAUCUUGGAAUUUACCUUUGAUGACCUUAUGAGAAUAAAAACAUGGCACUUUACCAUUAGACAAUACAGAGAACUCGUCCCUCGCAGUAUUUUAGCCAUGCAUGCACAAGACCCUCAGGUUUUGGAGCAACUGUCCAAAAACAUCACUCGUAUGGGUCUGACUAACUUCACCCUCAACUACCUCAGGUUGUGUGUAAUAUUGGAGCCAAUGCAAGAACUAAUGUCAAGACAUAAAACAUAUAAUUUAAGUCCUCGGGACUGCUUGAAAACGUGUUUGUUUCAAAAAUGGCAGCGGAUGGUGGCACCUCCAGCAGAGCCUGCAAGACAACCCACCACCAAACGGAGAAAAAGGAAAAAUUCUACGAGCAGCACCUCCAACAGCAGUGCCGGGAACAACAGCAACAGCACCAACAGCAAGAAGAAAGCGGCGGCAGCGAACCUGAGUCUUGCCAGUCAGGUACCUGAUGUGAUGGUCGUUGGGGAACCCACCCUAAUGGGUGGAGAAUUCGGUGAUGAAGAUGAGCGGCUGAUCACUAGGCUGGAGAACACGCAAUACGACGCAGCCAAUGGCCUGGAUGAUGACGAAGACUUCAACAAUUCCCCUGCACUAGGAAAUAACAGUCCGUGGAACAGUAAGCCUUCUACUAACCAGGAGACCAAGUCUGAGAAUCCCACACCCCAGGCUUCCCAGUAGAGCUCUGGAGCCGCAUCCUGCCUUGCCGGUAGCAGCAGGUGACCAAUACCGCCUCACAGCAUUCUGUAGGUAAACAGAACAAAAACCUCCAGAUUUUCCACAGAGAUAGAACCUAUUUCUAGAUGUACAGCUAUCUUUUUUGAAGUUAGAAAAAUAAUUUAUAAGCAUCCGGGGGAUGAUCUCGGGAGCUCUUGCACAUGAUAUGAUAUUGGCACUGACCUCAGUGAAUCUAAAUAUGUAAGUAGCACCUCAUGAUGAUUUUUCACAUUUCAAUGGAGGAUUUUUCCCCAUGAUAAUCCCCUUUUAUUCUAUAAAGGCCAUAUCUUCUGGACUGUCAGUGCUCAGGAUUGAAUGACUUUUUUUACCAUGAUAAAGGACAUCCUGGUUUUUCGUGUUCUAGAACAUGAGUAGAAAGAGCAGACAUUUUAGAAACAGACUUUAUUUUCUGUCUGUGCCAUUGAUUUCUCUGGUUACCCAUCUGAGAAGGCAAGAGGCAGGAGAGGAGACGGGUUUUUUAUCAGGCCCCAGAAACAGAU